AUGACCAAAAAAGUCUAUCAAAUUCAACCAUGGCCAGUGCUCAUUCAGAUAUCUGUCAAAACGGAGCCAAUCCAGGAAGAAAUAUAUAUUCGAACACUGACACAGUUACUGAAUGGUGGAAUGAUCGGAGCACCAGAAGUGCUACAACUUGGACAGAAUCUCAUACACCUUAUUCAGGCUAAAAAAGUUAUUGAUAUCGAAACAAUGUUAGCUGCUGGAGAUGCAGGCAAAUGGGAUUUCGUAUUUAUUGAUGCAGACAAAUUUAAUUAUCCACAGUACUACGAGAAAGCUGUAAAGCUCGUACGACCUGGUGGAGUUAUCCUUGUGGACAAUGUGCAUUUUUUGAUCAUUCGCACAUGA